AUGGCCGUGACGGAGCCAGUUCUUCUGCGGCUAUCAGCUGCGGUUCUGGGACUUGCUGGUCUCUCGACCUUGCCAGGACUCAUUGCUCAAGUCGAGCAAAUUCGACAUCGUACGCCUCCCGACAAUUUCUAUGAAGAUGCCGACGGCAAGAGCACGCCAGAAACCAUGGCUGCUUUUUCAAAUAGAAAGCCCAAAAUUCUCCUCAUAGUCUCCUCUCUUGCCGGCUUCGGUCUCUCUGUUGCCGUUGCCGUCUGUUCGCUACUCCAUCCCCGUGGUGAUGGCCUCAGCUUGGCGAAUUGGUUUACCACUGCGACUUGGGCCGCCCUUGCUUUGCAAGCCAUCUUCAUCAGCGCUCAACACUCUCCUGUCAAAUCGCACGACCUUGGCCUCUGGGCAUUCUUCUCGUCCCUCAUCACAGCUGUCACCACAACUCUGCAAGCCAGUCAUUUCAGUAACUUCGCAUCCGUCAACGAUACUCAACUCAUUUUGCGCGUCGUCGAUGCUGUCGUCCUGAUCCUGUUCCUCCUUUCGAGCAUCAGCUUGCCUCGAAGGCCGGAAGUUUUUUACAAGGGCGAAAAGGUUGACAACGAAUGGUCUACAACUGUGCUGAGCCGGUAUACGUGGAGUUGGGCGAGCGAUCUUCUCGAGACAGCUAGACGGAAAGGUGACCUGGAUCCGAAGGAUAUUCCUCGUCCUGAUCAUACAAUUCGAGUUGAGAGUCUGGUUGAAUCCUGGAACAAGGCAAAUUACGAGGGCAGUCUUUUGCAAUCCCUGCUUAGAGCUUAUGGGGGUCGCCUUGUCCUGCAAUGGGUGGUCAUUGUGCUUCGAUGUGUCAUUGGGGUUGGCCCAUUCUGGACCAUGCUGCGGCUGGUACAAGCGCUUGAAGAUCGUGACGCUGGACUUGGAGCACCUCGAGAGCUGUGGGGGCUGGUGAUCCUCAUGGGUUUCUUUACAUUGUUUGAGCAGUGGGUCGAUGGCUGGAUCAUGUGGUUUUCAAUCACCAAACUAUUUGCCCCAAUGAGAGGCCAGCUAUCUGCGUUGAUUUUCGAAAAGUCUCUACGCCGAAAGAAUGUGAAGAAUGCUGAGAAGACAGCGGACGACGAGGCUUCCGGGGAAACCAAAGACGGCACCAAGGACAAGGCUGCACAAGCCGAAACCAAGGACGAGGAAGACGACAGUGUACUGAAAUCAAAGCAGGCCAUUGUGAACCUCGUCGGCGUUGACUCGAAACGUAUUGCCGACUUUGCUCUGAUGCAGCUCUUCAUCAUCAGCAGUAUUGCAAAGCUGCUUAUUUACUCGGGUUAUCUUGUUCGCCUCAUUGGCUGGCUCCCGUUUGGUGCCGGCAUUCUCGCCUGGUCUCUGGUUCUUCCGGCCAACACUAUCGCUGCAAAGUACUACCUCAAGGCCGAGACGCGAUUGAUGAAGAACCGUGACAACAAACUCGCCGUGGUCAACGAGGCACUGUUGGGCAUGCGUCAAAUCAAGUUUUCAGCUCUUGAGAGCCAGUGGGAGAAGAAGAUUCUUGAAUUGCGAGAGAUUGAAAUCUCGUCACUGAAAAGCGUGUUCAAAGCGGACAGUUUCUUGUUCUUUUCGUGGGUUGCCAGCCCCAUCCUCCUCGCCGCUGCAUCCCUCGCUGUGUACGCCAUAGUCAACGGCACUCUCUCACCAUCGGUGGCCUUUGUCAGCAUCGGCGUCUUUAAGAGCUUGGAAGUUUCCCUGUCUGCCCUUCCAGAGCUUUUGACCGGUGGGAUCGACACGUUGGUGUCUACCAGGCGUAUCGACAAGUAUCUCAACGGCCCGGAAAUGAAGAAGACACUGAGCGAAGGUUAUGACGUUGCGUUUGAAAACGCUACAAUUGCUUGGCCGGUUGAUGACGAAGUACCCGAUGAGGAGCGAUUCAUUCUCAACAACGUUAACCUAUCGUUCCCGGCUGGAGAGCUGUCCGUCGUUUCUGGAAAGACCGGGUCCGGUAAGAGCUUGCUGCUCAAUGCCCUCCUCGGGGAGGCCGACUUGAUUGAAGGUAAGAUCUUCAUGCCGCGAACGGCCUCGCCGAUGGUUCGCAACGACAGCAAAGCGCAUCCGGGCAACUGGAUUCUACCCGGAGCUGUGGCCUAUGUCGGACAAAGCCCGUGGUUGGAAAGCGCCUCUCUUCGAGACAACAUUCUCUUUGGCUUGCCGCUUGUCGAGAGCCGUUACAACACGGUGCUCGAGGUGUGUGCUCUCAGGAAAGACAUUGAGAUGUUGACCGACGGCGACCAGACUGAGCUUGGUGCCAAUGGGAUCAAUCUCAGCGGCGGUCAGAAGUGGAGACUGACUCUGGCCCGCGCCAUAUACUCCCGGGCUGAAAUCCUCGUCAUGGACGACAUCUUUAGCGCCGUCGAUGCCCAUGUUGGACGGCUGAUUUUUGAGAACUGCAUCUCGGGGCCCAUCUGCAAGGGCCGGACUCGAAUCCUCGUCACUCAUCACGUCACCCUGGUGGAACCCAUCACCAAGUACCUGGUUGAACUCGGCGAAGGAACCGUUCUGCAUUCCGGCCUGACUUCUGACCUGGCUGAAGACGGUACGCUCGAGUUGAUCAAGAGCCACGAGCGGGCGCAGCCGGAUUUCCAGUACGAUGACGCCACCGACGGGCCCACAGCCGUAAAUUCCGAGGAUGCGUCGAUCGAGGAGACGGGAGCAACCGACGACCUGGAUCAGCACGCCAAUACGUUGCAAAAAGUCCCCUCCAAGACGGCAAGGAAAUUUGUCGAGGAUGAAGCCCGCGAGAAGGGCAACGUCAAGGCUCGCGUGUACGGCACCUUUCUCAGCAGCAGCGGCGGUUGGUUCUUCUGGGGCGUCUGUGCGAUUCUGUUCGUCGCUUUCGAAGCAGGCAAUCUCGGUCGUAACUGGUGGGUUCGUAUCUGGACUGGCGCGUCGCAGCAUACGUCCUCGACCGCGUCGCGGGAGCACGGCAUGGUCUUUGGCCUUUCGUACGAGCACAGCACUCUGCACUCGGUUGCCCAGUCCCAAACCUUGACUGCCACCCAAGCCGAGCACGGCCUGUCCUACUAUCUCUGGGUUUACGUGGCCAUUGCUGCGGCCAGCGGCAUCGUCGGCACGCUGAGAUUCAUUUGGUCCUUCAUCAUGAGUGUCAAGGCUGCCAGGACCCUGUUCCGCAGAAUCCUGUUCACCAUUUUGCGCACCCGUUUGCGCUGGCUGGACACGGUGCCCGUGGGUCGUGUGCUCAACCGGAUGACUGCCGAUUUCGACGUCAUCGACAACAGAAUCACCAUGGACCUCGGCUUCAUGUUCUGGCGACUCUUGGGCCUUUUGGGGGUUUGUGUCGCGGCGCUUCUAGUCUCGAGCCUCAUGAUCCCCCUGGCGCUUGUCCUGAUCUUCAUUGGUGGUUUCGUGGCCUACAGAUACUUGACUGGUGCGCGUCCUGUGAAGCGCAUUGAGAGCAACGCCAAGUCACCGGUAUUCGAGCUCUUCAACUCAUCUUUAUCCGGCGUCUCAACCCUCCGAGCGUUCCAGAAGACGCACGUCUACGUCAACCGGAUGCACAUGCACCUCGACAACUGGGACACGGUAUCGGUGCACAACUGGACCCUCAACCGAUGGCUGGGCUUCCGCAUGGCCUUGAUCGGCACCGUCUUCACCACCAUGGUUGGCGCCAUUGUCGUCGGCUCCUCGUUUGUCGACGCGGCCAUGGCGGGCUUCACGCUGUCGUUCGCCCUCGACUUUUCCGGCAACAUGCUCAUGGCCAUUCGCGGCUAUGCGUCUUUGGAGCUCGACAUGAACGCGGCGGAGCGCGUGAUUGAGUACACCGAGCUUGAGACGGAAGAUUUGGGCGGCGAGAUUCCUCCGGCUGCCUGGCCGUCGACGGGCAACAUGGAAGUGAGGGAUCUUGUGGUGGGGUACGCCGAUGAUCUACCCCCGGUCUUGAAGGGCGUCUCGUUUACCGUCCGGGAUAACGAGCGAAUAGGAGUCAUUGGGCGCACCGGUGCCGGAAAAUCGUCCUUGACCUUGGCUCUGUUUCGAUUCCUCGAAGCCAGGUCCGGUCAGAUAUUCGUCGACGGCAUCGAAACCUCCAAAAUCCGUCUCCACGACUUGCGGUCGCGCCUAGCCAUUAUCCCCCAAGAUCCCGUGCUUUUCUCGGGAACCAUCAGAAGCAACUUGGAUCCCUUUGAGGAGCAUGGCGACGAAGAGCUCAAGGACUGCCUGUCAAGAGUGCAUCUGGUCGACUCGCAGCCAGUCACUCCCACCAACGAGCCAUCGUCGGCCGCGCCAUCCACCAUUGCCACCAAGAACACCAACAUCUUCCGCGACCUGAGCAGCGGAAUCUCCGAGUCGGGCGGCAACCUCUCGCAGGGUCAACGGCAGCUCCUCUGCAUUGCCCGAGCCAUUGUCUCGCGACCCAAGGUGAUGGUCCUUGACGAGGCCACGUCGGCAGUGGACAUGGCGACAGACGCGCUGAUUCAGCGUAGCAUCCGCGAAGAGUUCACCGACAGCACGCUCAUCGUCAUCGCGCACAGACUGAGCACCAUUGCCGACUUUGACCGAAUCCUCGUCUUGAGCGACGGUGCCGUUGCCGAGUUUGGCAGCCCGCGCGAGCUUUGGGAGAAGGAAGACGGCAUGUUUAGAAGCAUGUGCGAACAGAGCGGCGAAAAGGCCAAGCUCAAGGAGGUAAUAUUGGGCCUGAACUGA